GUCUUCCGUCAGCAGCCGGAAGUAGAAGCCCUAGAGUGGCCAUGGGGACGGGCGGGCGUAGGGGGAUGCGGUCCGGGAAAGGCACGGAAGGCGCGGCGGCGGCGGCUUCAUCCUCUUUCUUGUAUCGUUGUAUCGAGUGCAACCGGGAGGCCCGGGAACUGUACCGGGACUACAACCACGGCGUGCUCAAGAUAACCAUCUGCAAAUCCUGCCAGAAACCAGUAGACAAAUAUAUUGAAUAUGAUCCUGUUAUUAUCCUGAUUAAUGCCAUUUUAUGUAAAACACAGGCUUAUAGGCAUAUUCUCUUCAACACUCAAAUAAAUAUCCAUGGGAAACUCUGCAUGUUUUGUUUGCUUUGUGAAGCAUACCUGCGUUGGUGGCAGCUGCAGGACUCGAGCCAGAGUCCAGCCCCCGAUGACGUGAUCCGCUAUGCCAAGGAGUGGGACUUCUACAGGAUGUUCGUGAUCGCGUCUUUCGAACAAGCUGCCUUUUUCACUGGCAUGUUUGCUUUCCUGUGGGUACAGCAACACAUGACAGCAAGAGGGGCGCCAGACUUUGUUUUGCUGCUGAAGGCGCUGCUGCUGUCCAGCUACGGGAAGCUGCUGCUGAUCCCCGCCGUCAUCUGGGAGCACAACCACACGCCUCUGUGUCUCAGGCUCAUCAAGGUGUUCGUCCUCACCUCAAACUUCCAGGCGAUCAGAGUGACCCUGAACACCAACCGGAGGCUGUCCCUGUUGGCCGUGCUGAGCGGCCUGCUGCUAGAGAGCAUCAUGGUCUUCUUCUUCCAGAGGAUGGAGUGGGAUGUGGGCAGUGACUGUGCGGUGUACAAGUCUCAGGACUUCUGAAGGUACCGGAAACGUCGACCGUCUCUUGAGUUAACGCUUCCUGGGGGACACAAUCAUGUCAUCAUCCCACCCAUGACUUCUGUGGUGGGGAGGACUGUCAGAACAUGGCACUUUCCUGGGCAGCUGUCGCACCGAGGAAAGCCUCCUCAGCCUCUGUUAACUGCCUGUGUAUCCUGGAGAGCCAUGGGGCCUUACUGAAUGUUAGCAGGCCUAUCCCCACACGGGUAAUCACAGCUGCCGAGAGUUGAGGACUGUGUCCUUGUCAUACCGGGGGUCAGCAUUCCAUCACACAGUGUGUCUGGCCUGGCACUGCCUAUGGCCCCUCCCCUCGCAGUCCUCUCCUUCAGGCUUCUUUCUCCAGGAGGACGGGGUGCUGGGCUCCACCCUCUCUGGCCCUUACUGGACUAAGGAUCUGACUCUGCCCAUCAUCCAUGGCUGCUGCUCACUCCCCUCCCCCUACCUCGUCACCCAGUUUGUUCUUCAGCUGUCAUUCAUGGUGUUCCUUCCUUCUCUUGUCUUCUGCUGUGCAGCUCCCUCCUAUACUUCCCUCUCUGUGACCUGUGGGCCCCCUUCCACCCCAGGGAGCAGGAUCCUGGGAUGAGGAAAUGCAGGAGGACCCACAGCAGGAAAGGGAGCCACACUUGGGCUCAUUCCCUCUUCAGUGUGGCUCCUUGGAGGUGGAUCUCUGCACUCCUCACAUGCCCUGUGGUGUAGCCCUAUGUCCUGCUGUGCUUUGAGCCAGCCCAUCUUCCUUCCUCCCAGGUCUAGGAGGUAUGGCUGCUGGGCCUGCUCUCCCUCCUCCAUGUACAUGUGUAGCUCAUCCUGGACAUUCCGUCUGAGCUGCUGCUUUCCCUGCCUUCCCCUUUGUGAGCCUCCCUUUCCGAGCCUAGGUCCACAGUCUAAACUUCAUGGAGCUGCUGCAGCUAUGAGCCUCAUGCUCUGUUUCUGACAAAACGGGCCACUUGGUGCUGGGAUUCUAGCCCCACCCCUUCCUUCCUUCAUGCAAAGGGGUGGGUGAGCCUGUUCCUCCCAGAUCCCUCUCCUGACCAGUGCUGGGUCCUGUCCGCUGCCUGACUGUCAAUGAAUGCAAGAGUGUGGCCCUCCGUUUGAUAUGCCCACACUCAGCUGCUACUGGCUCCCUUCUGUAGAAGCCACCACAUUCACUCCUGAGGAGGGCCUCUCUCCACACCCCGCCCUGGCACUUCUACCCACAGCAGCUCUACUUCACAGCAACUGCCUUCCAAAUCCCUACCCUAGGCCACCAGGCUGUGUUCCUCUGUGCUUCUGUGUAUCGACUGUCUGCUGUAAUUCAUAGGCAGGAAAAUGAGCUCGUGAGUCUCUAGAACCCA